UCGAAAACUGACAUACAUGUUUACACACAAAGACAGUGAUAGAGGUUGUGAUCGAGACACUUUUAGACACAGACAUUGAUUUUUACAUUAAAACACAGAAAUCAAAUGCCACCUACUCCAUAACCCCACCCGCAUUAUUCUCUUCACUUCAAGACCCCAAAUGCUCUUCUUCUUCUUCUCCACUCAGAUUUUCUGUCUGGGUUUUCACCAAUGAUGUUGGCUGUUGUUGAAGCUGCGCAGAGUCACAGGCAUUCUGUGAGUGACGUGUCCGUUUCGGAUGAGUCCACGUUUGAUUCUUGUGGGUCGGAUUGUUGUUCUUUGGAGGGUGUGGAUUUGGAGAGUGGGGUUUUGGAGCUGAAGAAUAAGGUGGUGGUGCAUUUGAGUAAGGUUGAGAGAAUUUGUAGAAUUUGCCACUUGGGUUUUGAGGGUGGUGGGUUGGACUCUUCUGGGCUUCCAAUUGACUUGGGAUGUUCUUGCAAGGGUGAUUUGGGUGCUGCUCAUAAGCAAUGUGCUGAGACUUGGUUCAAGAUCAAGGGUGAUACAAUCUGCGAGAUCUGUGGUGUCGUUGCAUUUAACAUAGUUGGUGAGCAGAUCAACGAGGCAAAUGGAGCCAUCGCCCCAACAUCCCCUUCAACACAACCAGCAGCAUCUGUGAUCAUGGUUGAAACCCAAACCAUGUGGCAUGGCCGCCGCAUUAUGAAUUUCCUGCUUGCUUGCAUGAUCAUUGCCUUUGUUAUUUCAUGGCUUUUCCACUUCAAAAUACUAUAAUGAACACCACUAGGGAAAACAAAAAGGGCUUUCCUGUAUAAGUUAGAGCCCCAGUUCUCUUGGUGCUUGUACUUCUACUUUGUCUCUUUACCCAUUCCAACUUGGCCCUACAUUCAUGUUUUGAGGGCCAAUUCCAAAUUUGUAGGUUAUGUAAUGUAAAGGGUUCUGCCUGACUAUCAAAUAACAAGUUAUAUUAUUUUUGUAGUAGUGG